CAACAACAAGAACAACAAUAACAAGAUUAACAAAAAAAGGAAAGAAAAGACGAAACGUGCUAAACAAAAAGUAGCUGCCGUGCAAAGUGACGACAAGAGUAAUAGCUUUGGUUUGUUUGCAACUGACUGACUGCACCAACUGAGUUUACGUUACUACUUUAGUCUGCAAAGUGAACGUACUAAAGUCGUUUCGUUUGAGCGUUUAGUGCACGCGCUAUUAUUAUUAUUAUUAUUAUUAUAAGUUUGCUUUUGAAAUUACGUAUCGCGUUUGGAUUGAUUGCUGCUUUCAUUGCAUUUCUCGCUCCAGUUAUUAGUUAUUGUGCGGAAGGCUCUCUCUCUUAGCUAGCUAACAGCAAUCGCCUUCAAUAUUAUAUCUAGCUUCACUCCAUUAAACGCAAGUCUUCUGCAUAACUAAGCAAAGAAGUGAUACGAAAACGUGUGAAUUUUUUUUGUUCAUUAGAAAAUUUGCCGGAGAGGAAACGACGGACGAUUUUAAAAAGCUUUGUGUUUUUUUAGAAUUAUUGAAAUAAUUCUAAAAGAAAGAAGUUUAACAGCAAUAAAUAAUAAACAGCACUAAUAAUUAGCAAAAAUGGUGAAAACAUUUCAAGCUUAUUUGCCGUCCACAAAUCGGACCUAUUCAUGUGUUCAUUGUCGAGCUCAUUUGGCAUCACACGAUGAGCUUAUAUCGAAAUCAUUUCAGGGAAGUCAGGGCCCAGCAUAUCUUUUCAAUUCCGUAGUAAAUGUGGCCUGCGGCCAAACCGAGGAACGUGUAUUAUUAACAGGCCUGCAUGCUGUUGCCGAUAUUUAUUGUGAAUGCUGUAAAACACCUUUAGGCUGGAAAUAUGAGCAUGCCUACGAGUCCAGUCAAAAGUACAAAGAGGGUAAAUACAUAAUAGAAUUGGCGCAUAUGAUUAAAGAAAAUGGCUGGGAUUGAGAGAGAUAUUGUUUACUUAGUAAGCCGUAGUAAACAAUAUAAAUAUAUAUAUAUAUAACAAAAAUAAGCAAACCAAAUUCUAAUUCAAAACCAUAUUUCAAAUCUACAAUACAAUAUGUAACAAUAAUUGCAACAACAACAAUAACAAUUAUUAACUAUCACAACUGUUACACACACAGAUCGCUAUAUAUAUAUAUAUAGCGUAUAUAUGAAAAAACAUAUGCAUGCAUCUACGACGUAACUAUGCAUGUAUAUAUGUAUAAAUGUAACAGAAAGUUUGAAGUAAUUGUAGUGGCCAGAAUUUUUAAAUGAUCAAAAUGAAAAUGCACUUUAUUAUAACAGAAAAUGUAAAGCAAAAGUAAACAAAACCAAAUCAUGUCAUAUAACAAAGCAAGCAAACAAGCAAAAGCAAACAAGCGUGGGCUCAAAGUCGUCGUCAUUUGAAUAUUUUAUAAAAUUUUUAUAUGGAAAAGAUUAUGAGUAGCGCGCGCAAGCGUAACAAAAUAAAGGACACAAGCAGAGUUUAAGAGCUUUACGAGAACCAUGUAAAAAAGCAAAAGGAAAGAGCGAGAACAAUCGAGAAUGAAGAUUUGAUUUAAACGAUUUACAUAAUUAUCUAGAUUGAUUGUCUGUAGAUGUUAGUUAUAUGAAAAAAUGAAAAAACUCAUACUCUUAAUGGAUAACGGAUUCCAGUUACGUUUUAAUGAGAAUACAAAAAAAAAAAAACAAACAAAAAA